AUGCUUGAGGCCUUCCUUUGCCUCGACACCACCACCUCUUUCCAGCGACCCCUCCUAUCCUCACAACUUUCCCCAGACGUGAUUGUGAUCGACAUUCGAAGCCAUCAUUAUUUCCUCCACUCCCGUAUACAAUCGGCCAUCAACUUAUCUGUGCCCACCAUGCUGCUCAAGCGGUCUUCAUCCACACUGGAAAAGUUAGCAGAUAUGAUCGCGCCUGCUUCCUGUCAACCUAUCUUCAAUGCGUGGCGGUCGGCCCGCAGGAUCAUCGCCUACGAUGUUGACUCCACAGCUCUCACUUCCGGAAGCAACAUUUUGAGCCUUCUCCGAAAAUUCGAGAACGAAGGUUUCACUGGGUCCUUGUGCUUCCUCCAAGGAGGGUUUUCCGGUAUCUCUAGAGUUCACCCAAGCCUGAUCGAUAGCAGGCCCCUCACACCCCCUGGGAAGGAUGAAGAAUCAUCACGGGGUGUGCUGCAUUCAUGCGAGCUCCCGAUGGCCGCCUUCCAGCAAUCGAAUCCAUUCUACGACAACAUACGUCAGUAUCUGGAGCUGUCGCAGGGUAUUACUGAGCGUAUUCCCCUCGAACUGCCAGAGUGGGUGUUGGAGCGUAGGGAUGAGCUACCGUUCGAAUGGCUUCGUGAAAUUGUCCGGAAAGCGAGGGGCGAGGCCUUGGAAGACCUAGCUAUGCAGUUCUAUCGAGUAGAGCUUGGGGAGCAAAAGCGACUCCAUGGUGUUAUGGAUCAUCACUCAAGGGAGAGUGCUACUGAAAACAGAGCUGCGAAGUUCCCAAUGAAACCUAUCGGGCUUGCUCUGAACAAAUCAUUUUUCCCAUACAGCAUCACGGCUGGCAUAGAAAAGGGUGCCAAGAAUAGAUACCGCAAUAUUUGGCCGUUCGAGCACGCGCGAGUUCGACUUAUAGAGCCCGUGGACGAUGACAAGUCUGAUUAUAUCAACGCGUCCUAUAUCCAACCCCGUGGUACCACGUUCAGGUACAUUGCCACGCAGGGUCCACUUGAAUCGACAUUUGCCGACUUCUGGACGCUUUGCUGGGAACAGAAUGUGUCAAUUAUAGUAAUGGUUACCCGGCAGAAAGAAGGGAACACCGUCAAAUGUGGCAACUAUUGGGGUGACCGAAACUUUGGGCCGUUGAGCUUGAAAUUGCUGAAGGAGGAGGGACCCGUUCACAUUGAUCCACCCGGUGAGAACGGCGGCUUUGGAGGAUACAAUUUCGGGAUAUACGAUGAGCACGGGAAGGAUAAAGAAGAGGAGGAGGACACCAUCAUUCGACGGACAUUCGAAUUGAGGAACAGUUCGUACCCGGAGGCGCCUGCACGUAAGGUAACCCAACUGCAGUACAUUGGAUGGCCCGACUUGAAUGUGCCCAAAUCCCCGAAACAUCUUCUCGAGCUUAUUAAGGAGCUAAACAAGCUGAGGGUGGAGGCGAAGCAACAUUCUAUCCGCAUGACUGGACAGAAGGAUGAGAGCCGUCGACUGUCUCUUGGUCCUGUGCUUGUCCAUUGUAGUGCUGGUGUUGGUCGGACUGGUUCCUUCGUCAUGGUUGAUGCAAUUUUGGAUGCAAUACGACGGGAGACCCGCACAAAGAUGGAGCAGGAAAUUUUCCGAAUCAAGGGGAGGCAGGAGUUUAAGUCGGACGAAGAUCCCCCCGUGUUCCCACCAUCUCACCACUCUCCCCCCCCGCUUCAUCCCGACGAUAGUGGCGCUAUUCAUCUGCGCUACGACAGAAAACCGUUGACGUCAGCCGACAAACGAAGUGUUAAGAAACGCCGAAGUGACCUAGGGGUAUUUCCGUCUAAUAUGCAGUCCUUGCCAGAAGAAGGUGCCGGGCGGCCUAUUACAUCUCCUCCCUCGUCUUUGCGCAAUUCGGCUUCGCCAAGAAAGAAGCACCAUCCGAACAACUCAAUGACGGACCUAACGGCAGAGAAGGCAGACAUACUUAUGGCACCGCUCUCCCGUGCUUUGGAGUCGCUGAGAGAUCUGAGGCGAUCUGCCGAACCCAGGGAAGGGAUGUCAUUUUCAAAUGCCAUGGAGUUGGAUAACAGCGAUCAAGCCACAGGAGCGCCUUCUCUAGCCUCUCGAGCCUCGCCGCCGUCACCCUUGUCAACCAUCGCUGAGCCCAUUCGGGAAGUUCUGGAAGAUAUGCGCCAACAACGGAUGAGUCUUUGCCAGAGUUUGCGGCAGUACGUUUUUGUCCAUCUCGCCGUUGUUGUAGGGGCAUUGGAGAUUGUCGACGAAAUAAACGCAGAGCUAGUAGAACGAGGUGUGCACAACCUAAGUCGCCAUUUCAACGCAGAAGGCGGCUUGUAUAGGCUUGGGAAUCGGGCGUCCAUCAAGCGCAAACAGCCAAGCAUAGGAUCGUUAACCGACGAGGGGACCACUUCUCGCACCUAA